AUGUCUCCUGCCAUUCUCAUCGUCGGUGCCACAGGCAACACUGGCCAAUCUGUUGUUGAAACCCUGCCGAAGCUGCUCCAAUCAAGCAAUGCUUUGUCUGGGCACCGUGUCAUUGCUCUUACUCGUUCCAUGAAGAGCCCAGUGGCACAAAAGCUUGCCAAACUCCCUGGAGUCGAAGUGAUAGAGCAGAACUGGGUUGAAAUCACCUCUGACUGGCUCCGCGAACAUCAAGUAACCAGAGCAUUCAUCGCAUCACACAAUGAACCACAUCACUUCGCCGAAGAGUCUACAUUCCACCUUGCUGCUUUGAACGCCGGUGUCGAAUACGUCGUGCGAAUCUCGACCACUGCUGCAAACGUCCGCCCGGAUUGUCCCGCUUACUAUCCACGUGCGCACUGGGCGAUCGAGUCUCUACUCAGUUCGCCCGAAUUCGCCAACCUGCAGUGGACUUCACUCCAGCCCAACAUCUUUUCGGCAUUCUACUUUUCAAGCGCCGCGGAAUUGAUCAAACAGUACCGAAAAACUGGAGAGCAGGAGACCCUCAAAUUGUUGGCGUCGGAGGAUGCACCCGUCGGAGUGAUCGACCCUUACGAGGUUGGAGUCUUUGCGGCUCGUCUCUUGUCCCAAGAGGAUGUUUCUGUGCACAACAAGGCCAAAUAUGUUCUUAAUGGACCAGAAGACGUUACUGGGAGACAGAUAGUGGAAAUGGUCGAGCAGUACAUUGGUACGAAGGUCGAACAUGUCAGCUAUCAAGACUUGUCAUUCCUUGACCAGCUUUAUGAGCACAAGCUUGCUACAAGUGGCCAAUUAAAGAACCUGGUGUCUUCUUUCAGACAAGCUUUGGAGACAACGCGGGAAGGAAAAUGCUCAGCUUCGACCACGAGCAAGGAGGUAUUGGAGCUUGCUGCGCCUAAGAUUACACCUGCUGAGAUGUUGAAGGGCCUUCUGGAGGAGUAA